AACAGAACUUGCAUCUCAUUACUAACAUAAUAUUGUUGAAACAAAUUAGCCAUUGAUCAAAUUGCACACAAUGGCUGCUUAUAGCAAUUGCUCAAUCCUCUUCGCGAUCAUAGCAUUAUUGUCCUUUUCAAGCAUCACCACAAGUCGUGCUGCUCGUAGCCUAUUGCAACUUCCCAACUUGCCUCAGCCAACACUGCCACAAUUGCCUAAUAUUCCCAACUUGCCUCAGCCAACACUGCCACAAUUGCCUAAUAUUCCCAACUUGCCUGCAGCAUUGCCACCAAUGCCAAGUAAUGUUGCAUCUUUGCCAACACUUCCAACAGCAGCACCAUUACCAUCUUUGCCCACAUUGCCCUCUGUUCCAAAAAUGACUUUGCCACCAAUGCCUUCGAUGCCACUUCCUAACAUGCCUGCAAUUCCAACUAUGCCUACACUUUCACCUCCUCCAUCCAACUAAUCAUCUGGCUUCCAACUGCGUGAUUUUUUUUUUACCUAUUUUACCCUACUACCGCGUGUGUUUUUUUGCUUUUUUUUUUUAAUUCUUUUGUGUGAUUCUUGAUGUUGUACUGUUUCAUUUAUACUCUUCUGAGUGCUAUACAUUUCAUUUGUGUUAAUCCAAUGUAGUGGCUAUUACUGAUUCGCGUGUAUUUGUCCAUGAAUUCCUACAGCUGUGACCUCGAGUUAACACUACAGUA